AAAUCAUCUGUACAGACAAUUGGUGAAGAACAAAUACAGAAUCCUUACACGGAGCUCCUUGUCUUGAAAGGUCAUCAGGAUAUAGUACGAUUUCUAGUGCAAAUAGAUGACUGCAGGUUUGCAUCUGCAGGAGAUGAUGGAAUCAUAUUUCUGUGGAAUGCUGAGACUGGAGAAAAACUUUUUGAACUUCAUGGACACACACACAAAAUUACAGCUAUAACAUCGUUUUCUUCUUCUGAAGAAAAAAAACAUUUGAUUUUAACAGCAUCAGCUGAUAGAACGGUCAUUGUUUGGGACUGCACUAGUGGCAGACAGGUUCAGAAAGUGUCAUGUUUUCAUUCUACGGUAAAGUGUUUGACAGUUCUUCAAAGACUGGAUGUAUGGUUGUCUGGAGGGAGUGAUCUAUGUGUUUGGAACCAAAAAUUAGAUCUCUUGUGUAAGACCAGUCAUCUUACUGAUGCAGGUAUCAGUGCUUUGAUUGAAUUGCCUAAAAAUUGUGUUGCAGCAGCUGUUGGCAAAGAGCUAAUAAUUUUUAGGUUGAUUGCUCCUAAUGAUGAGUCUGAAGCUUGGAAUAUCCUUGAAGUAAAACGCCUUGUUGACCAUCAGGAUAACAUUUUGUCAUUAGUCAAUGUCAAUGACUUGACUUUUGUGACGGGUUCUCACGUGGGUGAGUUAAUAGUUUGGGAUGCGCUUGACUGGACAAAGCAGGCAUCUGAGUGCAACUUCUGGGACUCCUCUGUCCAUUCAGAUGCACAGCCGGAAAUAAAAUUAUCCCAAAGCCCAAAUGAAACUUCAGUUCAACACUUAACAUCUGACGAGGAGUGUGUGUUUGCUGCUGUUGGGAAAGGCAUAUACGUAUAUAAUCUUCAAAUGAAGCGUGUGAUUGCCUGCCAGAGAACUGCUCAUGACUCCUCUGUACUGCACAUUGAGAAGCUUCCAAACAGGCAGCUGAUCUCCUGUUCAGAAGAUGGCAGCGUGCGCAUCUGGGAGCUCAAAGAAAAGCAGCAUCUGCCAGCUGAACCGGUUCCAACAGGUUUUUUCAACAUGUGGGGAUUUGGAAGGGCAAACAAGCAGGCAAACCAAGCUUCUAAGAAGAUGCAGGAGACUACACCUGUGUAUUUCUUGGAGCUGGUUGGUGAUUUGAUUGGUCAUUCAUCAGCUGUGCAGAUGUUCCUGUACUUCGGUGAACUGGGACUGGCUACGUGCUCCGCUGACCACCUUGUUAUUUUGUGGAAGGAUGGUGAACGAGAAUCUAGACUCCGCAGUUUAACAGUAUUUCAAAAGUUGGCACAAAAUGGUAAUUUGCAGCUCAAAGUUUAA